AUGGCUGCUACUCAGCAGGACCACCUCAACACUGGCGGGAGAGUCGCAUGGCUUGCUUCUCUCGAUACUUCUUACAGCCCUGAGCACAACUAUCGUCGUUCAUCCAUUAUCUGCACCAUUGGUCCCAAAACCAACUCAGUCGAAGCGAUCAACAAGCUUCGCGAUGCUGGUCUCAACGUUGUUCGGAUGAACUUCUCCCAUGGGUCAUACGAUUACCACCAAUCUGUUAUCGACAACACGCGCAAGGCUGUCGAGUGCCACAAUGGUCGGCCAGUUGCUAUUGCUCUCGAUACGAAGGGUCCCGAGAUUCGCACUGGCAACACAGCAAACGAUGAAGACAUCCCCAUCGCUGCUGGCGAAGUGAUGAACUUCACUACGGAUGAGAAAUUUGCCACCAGUUGCAACACUAAGAAUAUGUAUGUCGACUACAAGAACAUUACCAAGGUUAUUGAACCUGGCCGUGUUAUCUACGUUGAUGAUGGUGUCCUGGCUUUCGAUGUUCUGAGCAUCAAGGACGACAAGACCAUCGAGGUUCGGGCCAGAAAUAAUGGUUUCAUCUCUUCUCGAAAGGGCGUCAACCUUCCCAACACAGAUGUCGACCUUCCUGCCCUGUCCGAAAAGGACAAAGCCGACCUGAGAUUUGGCGUUAAGAACAACGUAGACAUGGUCUUCGCUUCGUUUAUCCGUCGAGCACAAGAUAUAAAGGAUAUUCGUGCAGUUCUGGGAGAGGAGGGCAAGCAGAUACAGAUUAUCGCCAAGAUCGAGAACCGUCAAGGGCUCAACAACUUCAGGGAGAUCCUGGAGGAGACUGAUGGCGUCAUGGUGGCUAGAGGUGAUUUGGGUAUCGAAAUCCCGGCCGCUGAGGUAUUUGCUGCGCAGAAAAAACUCAUUGCCAUGUGCAACAUUGCCGGAAAACCAGUCAUUUGCGCUACCCAGAUGCUGGAGUCCAUGAUUAAGAACCCUCGGCCCACUCGCGCUGAAAUCAGCGACGUUGGGAACGCGGUCACUGACGGAGCAGACUGUGUUAUGCUGUCUGGUGAGACUGCAAAAGGAAGCUACCCUUGCGAGGCCGUUCAAGAAAUGCACGAGGCAUGCCUUAAGGCCGAGAAUUCUAUCCCCUAUGUUUCUCAAUUUGAGGAGAUGUGUAACCUUGCGCAGCGACCAGUCAAGAUCGCUGAAUCUUGCGCCAUGGCUGCGGUGCGAGCUUCUCUUGAUUUGGCUGCUGGGGGUAUCAUAGUAUUGUCUACUUCAGGCGAAUCCGCCAGGCUACUUUCCAAGUACCGCCCAGUCUGCCCCAUCUUCAUGGUUACCCGAAAUGCCACGACAUCUCGCUUCAGUCACCUAUUUCGCGGAGUUUACCCAUUCUUAUUUCCGGAAGCUAAGCCUGACUUUAACCAAGUUAAUUGGCAGGAAGAUGUCGACAAGCGUAUCAAGUGGGCUGUCAAUAAGGCACUGGAGCUUAAUGUUCUGACCGCUGGAGAUACUGUCGUUGUUGUACAGGGCUGGAAGGGAGGUAUGGGCAACACCAAUACUCUGCGAAUUGUGCGAGCCGAUCCAGACCAUCUGGGCAUUGGACAGGCCUGA